CCAACAGGCGCCCACCCCUCGAUCAUGGCCAGCGUGCUUCUCUUGCGACAGCGACCACCACUCCGGCUCAGCUACCUGCUGCAAGCAUGUUCCGUUCGACCUACAUUGCUUAUAUCCAGUCGAUUGCUAUAUGAGAACGGCUGUAUUCGAGGCUUUCAUUCCACCGUUUUACGCCAAAAUUCCAAUGGAACAAAACCAUCACCGUCAGAGCCGGCUGUGACAAAAGGACCGCAGCCUCUUCCGCAAAAACAACUUGAACACCAUACGGAAGCGCAAGUAUACCAUGGUCCUCUGACGAAUACAUUCCGUCGUUUGAAAUUAUUCUCGUUAUCCUCCCUAACACUCUGCUUCCUAUUCACCCCCGUUCUCUUCAUGAUCGAAACGACCUCUGCCGUUCCAUUGGUCGCUCGAUUCGCGCUCGCAGGCGUUGCAUUGACCACGAGCGGCGUGUCUACCGCGUUAGUUGGAUGGUGUGGAAAACCAUACGUCUCCACCCUUCGAUGGCUCCCCGCAGAUCCUCUGACAUUGCAAGAUGGUACCAAAGGACCAGAAAUUGUCGAGAUGACCACCUUGACCUUGAGUCUCAAGGAGCGCAUUACGCGUGUAUAUGAUACCGCGUUCUUGGUGCCCACCAAUAGGCCGUUCGCAAAGUGGGAGUUGGCGGAGGUUUUCAAGCUAGCCCCUGCUGAGAUCGAGGCUGAGAAAGAAGAGAAGGUUUUACCGAGGGAGGAGACUGUUGCUGAGACAAUGGACAAGAAGGGUAAUGUGCUUGGGAGGUGGGUUGUGCAUUGGGAUGAGAAUGGAGUAGGGACCUGCCGGGAACAUGGUCAGGUUACCAGGUAUUUCAACGUGCAUGAAGAGCUACUUCCGCAGCCUAUUCGUUAAACACUUUGCUGGGUCGCUUAUCCUAGGGUGCUUCGAUGUAUUGCAUAUGCUGUCUGACUUUCGCUGCCACGUC